AAAAAAAACAGUUGCUCGUGCACCAGAGAUACGAGUACAACAGCUUUGCGAUAUAGACAACUGUCAAACGACCAACUGCAAUUCCGCCCCCCCUCUUAACCAACAAGACAAACAAAUCUCGAUAUUUCCAUAGAUCUCUGGAGUGAAUGAGGAGUAAACGAAAAAAAGAAAUAAUAAUAAUAAUAAAAAAAAAUGUGAAUACGAAAUAAGCAAAUGAAUAAAAUGUGAAAAUUAAGUAUGAAUAACAUUAUGAUGGAGAAUUAAAUAAAUUAACUCCCUAAGAAAUAGUGAACAAAUGGUUACAUUGUGAAUGUGUUUGUUUUCAUUUUUUUUUCUUUGGAUAGUGCUCCAUUACUUGAGUGUUAUUGAUUUUCUUCGUUCGUCUUUCUCGCUUUUAGUUGUUGGUGUUUUUUGUGCCUGGCUUGGCUUCGUUUAAGUUUAACAUUGCGGUGCAGUGCAGUGCACUGCACUUCAAACACUACCACAGUGUGUGUGUGUGUGUGUGUGUUUGUGCGUGCCGAAUAUGCGAGUGCUUGCGUCUGGUUAGUUAAGGGGGCACCACGCAUAACACUGCGAAAAGAAAACAAAGAUGGGAGAAAUAAAAAACAAAACUUCACAAAAAAACAGAAAACCCCACCAAUGAAAAGUGCAUUGAAAUGUUUUAAAAGAUUACAAACAAAAAAAAAUUGGAUUUGCAAGAAAAAAUGAAAAAAGUGCAACACUAACUGCCAACACAAAGAGAAGAAGCAAACGAAAAAAUUCAAGCAAAACAAAACCUCAAGCCUUUUCUCAAUUCGAAAAAAAUAAUCGCUCAGCUGUCGUUUGUUAAAAAAAUAAAUUUAAAAAAUUGUGAGUUCGUUCAUGAAGAAGCUUGAAAUUAAGACUCCCACAAGCCACUAAGUGGAUUAGGAAAAUUGUGCAAUUUUUCUGUGUCAACCACCAAACCCAAAAUGUACACAUCAAAAGGAGGAUUUAUAUGCUAAUAAAGAACAGGACACCCAACACAUGUUAUUUAUAGCUGUGGUUUGAACAACAGCAAAUACGUCGUUCGUCCACCACAACAGCAGCACCAGCAGCAACAACUAGAAACAACAAAACAGCCAACGGUUCGAAGAGAAAACUUUGGCGAUUAUAAUCACUUCACUUCCAAAGCUGGUUGAGUUGCGGUUUUUGCCGGCGUUUCGUUUUUGCAAAAUCGAAAAAAAAAACACAUAGAAAAUCAGUGUUUACGCCGACAUCAAACGGUCUGGUUUCCAUAACGAGUGCGAGAACCUUUGAGAAGGGCAAACAGCAGUAAAGUGAAAAGCGAUAUAGCCGAAAUUACAAAAGAAAAACUUCGCAUUGAUCGCCUUUGCAAGACCGUACUGGUGCUCUGGCUUUAAAGUGUCCACUAGAGCCAGAGAAUCAUUGCAACAUUUUAAACACAGAGCCGGAACAUUCUGUAUCCAUGCUAUCGGUACAGACGGCCGGCUGUGCGGGAAUGGAGCGGCUUGGCGUUCCAGCCCGCACCACAUUGAAUACUCCACCUGACGAUAGGGGUCAAUUUAUUUGUAGAAUGCACAUAGAUGCUGCUCGAGAUCUCUUGGCUGUGCGUAGUGAGUCAGCAGUUCGAGGCAGCAACACUAGUAGCAGCAGCAGCAGCAGUAGUAGUGGCAGCAAUAUUCAUCACCUACAUACAGCAGCGCAUCACAACAAAAGGGACCAAACCCACCUACAAUAUCAACAACAACAACAACAACAUCAUCAUCAUCAUCAGCAGCAGCAGCAGCAACAACAACAUCAAUCACAUGUCCUUGUCAAGAAACAUAGUUCGUCAUCUCCAACUGUAGCAACAACAUCCCAUAGCCUAACGAUUACAGAUCCAUCACCCAAUAAAAUAGCAGCCGGCGGAAGUCCAAGUAUUAGCAAUAACAAUCCUAGCAAUUUUAACAACAACAGCGGCAGCGGCACCAUUACCUAUAACAACAACCAACCAGCCUCAAUGACCAACAAUACAGAUGGCAGCAAUAGUGGUGGCAUUACCAAAGGUGCACUCCCAACUGCCAACACCAUCAGCAGUGGAGCCUUGAAAUUCAACAUGUGCUGCAGCGGCGCAGGCAGCAGUGGUGAUGGCAGCAGCAAUUCUUCGGGCUGUUGUCAUAGUAUUACAGGUGGCUCUUCGUCCGCUUCACAGUGUUCACUGAGUUCCCAUAGCCAUGAUCAUCAUCAGCACUAUCAGCAUCAAUUGCAGCAACAAAAGACUUUAUGUUGUCCACAUCAUGUUCCUUUGCCGGAUAGCGAAUGGAUACCCACAGAUCAAAGGCCAGUGCAGCUGAGAUCCAGCUAUCAGCACUCGGAGCUAACACGGUCCUAUAUAAAACCACCACCCAAUAAAACGGUUAAAGAUGUUCCAGAUCGUUCGUCGCACAACUUUUAUUCCUCAUCAGCGCACAGCUCGAACUCAGGUUUGCAUUCCUUGACCUCAUCCCAAUCGUUGCCUCUAAGCUAUUCCAGCAGCUCAGCAAGUUUGGCUAGUAGUGCGAGUAGCAGUGCCAGCAGCAGUGCUGGAGGCGGCAGCAAAUCCAAGCCAAAUGUGAUAACGAAAUUCUUUUAUCGCAAAAGUUCACCGAAAUCUCCAAAUAAUGUGGCCCAUGCAUCAUCGUCAUCGCUGUCGUCUUCUUCUACGUGUGCUGCCUCCUCAGCGUUUCCCUCUACCACAGGAUCUAUGCUGUAUACAAGUCUUAAUUCGUCUGCCUCAACAGUAUCCUCGAAUGCUGCCCUCCUAUUGUCAUCGUCAUCAUCAUCAUCGUCAUCGUCAUCUUCGUCAUCGCAAUUACCAUCAUCCUCAUGCUCCGGCUUGUUGGGAAGUAGCACUUCGUCCACAAUAUCAUUGAAUUCUCAGGCCUCAGCACCGGCGGCGGCGGCCGCUGCACUGGCCAUGCAAACCUUGCCGCCCACAUUGGCCAUUUCGACGGCAGCCACCUUGAAGACCACACCCUGCGAUUAUGGCCCCAGCCUGCAGCAUGGCUCAGCAGCUGGUGUUAAUAAUAUUUCCAUUGGUCUGGUGCCCAGCACUCAAUUACUAACCACCAUUGGAGUAUCACAUCCUUCGACCACGACGAUAACAUUCCCUCAGACAAAUGCCUUGGAGAGGAUACCAACACCUCCUUUGUCCGUAACGGUGCCCAUAAAUGCCACAUAUCUGCACCACCAUCACCAGCAACAGCAGCAGCAGCAGCAAAAGCAACAGCAGCAAUUGUUGCUGGAGUGUUUGGUGGGAGAUGCCGCCUCGGUUUCCAGCACAUUGCAGACCAUCAAAAGUAGUUCUUGUAGUCCCACACUAAGUGCCACCAACCACUCAUCUUCCUCCAACAAUGCAGCCAGCAAUACCAGUCCCAAAGAGGACUUUCUCCAAAUGGAAUGCCAAUCGGGAAACAUAACACGCAACAAUAGUAGCAGCAGCAUGCACAGUUUAUCCUCAUCAUCAGCCGCAGCAGCAGCAGCAGGAGCUGCAGCAUCAUGUAAUUGUCAACAUCCCAAUUGCAGGCAAUGCAAUCACAUGGAUGCCUCCAACUCAGGUCCAUCAUCGUAGAAGCUUUUUGUUAGCCUCAAAUUAAAAAAAAAAAAACAAAAAAA